AUGUUUACUGGUCUCGUUGAAACCAUUGGCACUGUUGCCGCCCUUGAGAAGCUCGACCAGACGGCCUCGGGAGGCGGCGGGACAUCGUUGACCAUUUCCGGAUGUGAAGACAUACUGGGUGACGCCCAUUUGGGUGACAGUAUCAGCGUCAAUGGAACCUGUCUCACCGUCACCGAGUUCACCAAGUCGUCAUUCAAGAUUGGAUGCGCUCCCGAAACACUCCGGCGCACAAACUUGGGGUCGCUGCAAGAGGGCUCCAAAGUCAACCUGGAGCGCGCUGUCUCUGCAGACACGCGCAUGGGCGGCCACUUCGUCCAGGGCCAUGUCGACACCAUCGCCACCAUCGAGUCCGUCACGCCCGACGGCAACGCCCUGACUUUCCGCUUCAAACCUCGCGAUACUUCGGUGCUACGAUACAUUGUUGAGAAGGGCUAUGUUACCAUAGACGGAGCUAGUUUGACUGUAACCAAGGUGCAAGAUGGGCCUGAGGGUUGGUGGGAGGUCAUGUUGAUUGCCUAUACCCAGGAAAAAGUUAUCACGGCUGGCAAGAAGCCAGGCGACGAUGUCAACGUCGAGGUAGACCAGGUCGGCAAAUACGUGGAGAAGAGCGUGGCUGGAUACUUUGAGGGAUCGUCAAACGGCGAAUUUGCGAUACUGGAGAAGAUGGUUUCAAAAUUAGUCGACGAGAGACUGAAGGCUCUUGGGAAGUCAUAG